AUGAGCCCCAUCCCAGACGCUGACCCCGACGAACCCGUCGAAACCAAGCCUUUCAAAUUCGUUACUGGCUACGAUGCCCGUUUCCCCAAUCAAAACCAAACGAAACACUGCUGGCAAAAUUAUGUCGACUACCACAAGUGCAUCAUAGCCAAGGGUGAAGACUUCCGCCCUUGCAAACAGUUCUAUCUCGCCUACAGAUCACUCUGCCCGAAGGGUUGGACCGACAGAUGGGAUGACCAACGCGAAGCCGGCAACUUCCCCGCCCGUCUCGAUCGGUAGUCAAUGUGCAUUAUAUUAAAAGAGUCCGUUGUCGAUGAAUUAUAAAGGAUUGAAAGGAAUUUUUGUUUUAUUUUAAACAAAAGGAGAUGGACAAUUAAAAAAAAGGGGGGGGAUCAGUGGACACAAGCUCUGUAUCAAAUAUGUCAACAUAACACGGGGCAUCUAUGAAUUAUUCCCUUGUACAUGA